UCGCACAAGUUGCAUGUUCUCCUCAGCCCCAAAACGCAACAAUACGCGACGCGAUUUGUUUUUGGCUCUUACAAUUCAUUUGUGUUUCCCUUUAAAUAUUUGUCGUUUUUUUUUUGUGCGAAUCUCAAAUUUUUAAUUUAACAACAAAAAAUACUCGGGCGUUUUGUUCUCGUGAAUCACUCGAAUUUAAGUUUCCUCAAAGCGAAUGGGCUCCGGCAGAGUACGAGCAGAGUUUUGAUUUAAUUUGGGCAUCCGCACCUCUAAACCACACAAAUGCUCAUCAGAUCGAACUGAGGCCCAAUCAGGAUAAGACACGUGCUUCCAAUCACCUGUCAAAGCUACCACAGUCGUCUCGAGUCUGAAACUUAGCCAGACGCAGGAGCUUAACAAGAGUGUAGCAGGCCAAAAAAAGAUUAUCAGCUGGAAGCAACUGUAAGAUGGGCAAGAAGAACUCGAAAUUGAAGCAGGACACCAUCGAUCGCCUGACAACGGACACAUACUUCACCGAAAAGGAAAUUCGACAAUGGCACAAAGGUUUUUUGAAAGACUGUCCAAAUGGUUUGCUGACCGAACAAGGCUUUAUCAAAAUCUAUAAGCAAUUUUUCCCAGAUGGAGACCCCAGCAAAUUUGCUUCUUUGGUAUUCCGAGUCUUCGAUGAGAAUAACGAUGGGGCCAUCGAGUUCGAGGAGUUCAUACGGGCCUUGUCGAUAACAUCUAGGGGAAAUUUGGAUGAGAAGCUGCAUUGGGCCUUCCGUUUGUAUGAUGUGGACAACGACGGUUACAUAACACGCGAGGAAAUGUACAACAUUGUGGAUGCCAUCUACCAGAUGGUCGGCCAGCAGCCGCAGACAGAGGAUGAGAAUACGCCGCAAAAGCGGGUGGACAAGAUCUUCGAUCAGAUGGACAAGAACCAUGACGACCGCCUCACUCUCGAGGAGUUCCGCGAGGGAAGUAAAGCUGAUCCACGUAUAGUCCAGGCGUUAAGUUUAGGUGGUGAUUAACUGCAAUAUUUGUAGUUGCGUUAAAAUCUGUUGGGGUGGUCCAUAAUGGGAAUGGAAGCUGAGGCAGAACAUCAAUGGGAACGGAAGAAGGAGCUAGUCAGUGAUAUGAGACAACGAACUCCACCCAAUCCCUCAGAUUCACAGCAAAAACUACAGCAAUGUAUGUGGAUCUUGGUUUGAAUCGAUACUCAUAC